CAUUCAUAACAAAGCGUUAACAACAAACGGUUGCCCAGUACUUCUGCUUAUCUGUUCGAACACAUGCAGUGGUGCUCUAUGGAUUUCUUGUGUUUGUAUUCGAAAGAGAAGUCAUCGGCAGGAUACGUGACGUAUUGAAGUUGAUCCACCCAUCCAAACCGUGAGUCAUUUGUGAUCAAAUUUCCUGGAAUUCCAUGGACAGUUGAAUGUCAUGAUUGCAACUCCGUUCUAAGAGUACGCAGACUUCAAUGAAGGUUCAGAGUUUUUCAAAUCCUACCCUGUUCAAGAUGACGACGCUUGAUGCUGCACCGAGAUAUAGGCUGCUGAUAACCCCAGCAAAUCUGAUUAAUAUACAAGUGUUGAAAGGAAUUGAAAAUGAUUUAGACAUUUACGAGAAAGUUCGUUUGCUGUUCUUGAUGAUUGAAGACUACCAGCCUGGUUACCAAACCCUUCUCGAUGCUGUGGAUGAAAAAAUUCCUAGCAUAUCACAAUUUGUGGUCGAAAACCAGGUGACGGAUUGGCAGCACAAGGUCAUGGAAGCGUUAUGCCUGCUACAGAACAACGAGGUUCUUUCAAAGUUAGGAGUGGUACCUGAAGAUGCGCACAGUUUUUUUUUUGCAAAAAUAUCUGGAACUUCUAGCAAAAUCAAUAAGUAUGCAAAAGCUUUUUAUAACUUGUUUGAAAAUCUUUCAAAAGACGAUGCCGUCAAACUUCAGCAGCACGUAUAUCAGCAAAUAGAUCCACCCAGGUGCAAUACUUGGAUGGGUGAAAAUUUUCUAGAAAUACAUCUGCUAUGGUGGAUUAAAAAAGGGUUAAUCAACAUUUCUGGAGGCAGGUGGGAUUUGUUAAGGAUCUUAAAAAUCCUAAAAUCGCUGAAUAUGUCAAGUUGUAGUGCCUACCAAGCAUUACAAAAGUAUGAGGCAGAAAAAAAAAAUGACCUGUGCGUUUAUGAUAAAUCAAAUACCAAUCAAUGUUCAUCAGGACAAAAAACUGCGUUCAACAUUGUCGAUAACAACCGAACGAUGAAUUCUUAUGUAAUAAACAAUGGCCUGGCCAUAAUUUUCAACCAAAUGCACUUCAGUGGUCCAGUUCAAUAUGAUUAUAGAGAUGGCUCACAGGUAGACUGUGACAGAAUAGAAGAUGUGUUCAAAAAUACAUUUGGAUUUGAUACACAUGUGUACCUUGACUUGUCUAGAGACGAAAUUUUCGAAACUUUGGAUGAGAAAUUGCGUGAUGCCAAAGCAAAAUAUGACUGUUUUGCAGUCUUUAUUUUGUCUCAUGGCACAUCUGGGCACGUUAUUGCAUCUGAUGGUCACAAAUGUACGAUCGAAAAAAUUGUAGAACAUAUUUGCAUUGAUGUUUUACAAAAUAAACCAAAAAUCCUUGUUAUCCAAGCAUGCCAAACAAUGGAAGAGAUCAUGCUAGAUGGCCCGACAAGUUCAAGAAAUACGGUCGACAAGAAUCGCGACUUCAUUCUAUUAUGUUCAACGAUAUCGGGCCAGCCAUCGGCCAGGCACCCACGCGAAGGCACUUGGUACAUUCAAGUUCUCUGCGAUGUGCUGGAUGAACUGCGGGGUAAAUGCAUCGGAAGCGACAUCCCAAUGGAAGUCCAAAGACGUUUUGCUGAAAAAGAGGGAAUCGUUAAUAAAACUUUGUAUAGGCAGGUACCGACAAUAAUGUGCCAAACGCUCACCAACAAAUUGAUUCUUCCGUAUAAUCGAACAGCUGCCAGCAGUUGAAAAGCAGGAUAAGCGUUUUCAAGCAUUGACAAAAUUAAAUUGUAUGUAAUUAGAUGAAGCUAUAACGUGUAUAUUAUACAUAUAUAUAAUAACAUUGCCAAAUAUUAAUUUCAUGUUAUUUUA